AUGAGAUCAAAUUUGCUUGGACUGCUGCUACUAUUCUGGGCCUCUCUGGUUCACUCCAGAAAGCUCUCUGCUUCGUCGCUGGUGACAUGUAUGGACAACUCGCAGUUGAUCCCCCAGUAUUUCAACGUCAACCUGGAUCCGGAUUCGGGGGCUUUGAGGUAUGAUUUGUCACUUACCUCUGAGAUUUCGGGUAAUAUCAUUGCUGAUGUUGAGGUUUAUGCUUAUGGUUUCAAAAUCAUCACCGAAACUGUCAAUAUGUGUUCGAUUGGUUGGAAGCAGUUUUGCCCAAUCUACCCAGGUACCAUCGAGAUCGACUCGAUCACGUACAUUUCGAAGUCUUAUAUCAACAUGCUUCCAGGUAUCGCCUAUACGUUUCCUGACCUGGAUGCACAGGUUCGUGUCAUAGUCAAGAACCACACUGGCACUGAGCUUGCUUGUAUUCAGGCCGGCUUUUCCAACGGAAAGACUGUCUCCCACACUGCUGUCAAAUGGGUAACGGCCUGUAUUGCUGGUAUUGGUCUCUUGGUUUCCGCCCUUCUUUCGGCUUUUGGUAACUCCAACUCAGCCUCCCACAUCUCAGCGAGUGCUGUCUCUCUCUUCACCUACUUCCAAAGUGUUGUGAUCAUCUGUAUGCUCCACGUCCAGAGCGUUCCCCCUAUCGCUUCCGCAUGGGCUGAAAAUUUGGCCUGGUCUAUGGGUCUGAUUCGUGUCACUUUUAUGCAGAAGAUUUUCCGCUGGUACGUACAGGCAACUGGAGGAAGCCCAACUCAGUAUUUGUCAUCUGACACUAUCUCUAUCCUGGUGCAGAGAUCGUUUGACCAACUGAAGUACACCGUGAAGAACACAUUCCUGAUCGGGCGUGUUGCAAAUCUGUUUCCACAGUUCUUCCACACUAUUCUGGACUAUGAUUCUGAAUAUUACGAUGAUUACGAAACUCCAGAUAUCUUGAACUAUCGUGCUCAGAACAAGAGAGACGUGGGCUUGAACUCGCUGCAGGGAUCCUCUUCCCUCAAGAUUAUCAGAGGUAUCGACCGUAUUGGUUACAAAGCCCAUAUUGAGCCCACAAGUAUCGCUUGUACUGGUUUCACUUUCUUUGUUAUCUUUGGAUACGUUGUGGUGGGUUUCUUCGUGACCGUGAAGACUUCGCUCGCUCUGGCCCGCAAAAUGAAGUGGGUGAAGCCAGAGCGUGGGCUCGAGUUUUCCAAGAACUGGAAGCUGAUUCUGAAGGGUGUUCUCCAAAGAUACAUCUACAUCGGUUUCACUCAGCUCACGAUUCUGUCUUUGUGGGAAUUCACCGUGAACGACUCUCCAGCUGUGAUCGUCUUGGCUGUAUUGUUUUUGAUUCUGUGUCUCGGUGUUUUGGGCUGGGCCUGCUACCGUACCUUGCAAUUUGGUAGAAAGUCCAUCAAGGAAUUCAGAAACCCAGCCGCUAUCCUUUAUGGUGAUCCUCGUGUUCUCAACCGUUACGGUUGGUUCUACACCAUGUACUCUGCUAAAAAGUACUGGUUUGGUGCUGUUGCCAUAUUGCACAACUUCUUGAAGGCUCUUUUUGUGGGUCUUGCACAGGGCUCAGGUAUGACUCAGGCUUUGGCCAUUUUUAUUCUGGACCUCGCCUACACCAUCUAUGUCAUCUAUGAAAGACCUUACCUUGACAGACCAAUCAACAUCCUCUCAAUCCUGAUGGUUGUGGUGAUGACCUUGAACUCCUUCUUUUUCCUUUUCUUCUCGAACCUGUUUGGCCAGCCACCAGCCGUUGCCGCAGUGAUGGGACUUGUGUUUUUCAUCCUCAACGCUAUCUUCUCGUUGGUUGUUCUACUGUUUAUCAUUGUGUACUCGUGCAUUGCGGUCUUCUCGAAGAACCCCGAUGCCAGAUUUGCACCAGCAAAAGAUGACAGAACCUCGUUCCAGAGAAACUUCUGGAACAAGAACAAGACCGAGGCUUCCCAGCCAGUGCCAGAAGGUGCCGCUGAGCUCUUUGAGCUGGGAGCAGUUGCCAAAGACCACCAGGAUAACUGGGAAGGCGAAAUGCUUCGUCUCAAAGAGCUGGUUGACGAACCAGAAAAGGAAGCUGGUCAGGACCAGGACCAGCCUGUUUAUCUUGAGCCUGGCGAAGAGUCUUUUGGUGCUAAGCUUUUCCACAAGCUUUCGCGUGGUAAGUCUUGGAAGAUGAAAAAAUCUCAGGCUGAUAUCUCCUCUACCACUGAUAGUACCAAUGAAAAGUACGAUGACAUCGAAGUGGUUGAGCCACUGUCUUCUGGAAAGCUCAUGAGAGGUGUCUCGCUUAAGAACCAUGAAAGGACCGAGUCUGCAACCCCAAUGAUCGGGGGAACGCAGGAACAUUCUCUGGAUGAUGACUACGCUGCUAACGUGAGCAAUGCCAGGCCUGUGAUACCAGGUGAAGUGUAUUCUUCCCACGUACCCGGAAUAACCAGCUCUGAAAGUUAUCCAGACUCUUUGAACAGCCAGGGUUCCAAAAGCAAGUACACUUACAUUUGA